AUCAAUAUUGUAACGGUUUACGUUGACUUGAAUUGUCGCUUAUAAAAUUCAUCAUUCGAGAUUCGAUUGAAGCAAUCUGUGUUUAAGCUACCCGUGUGUCAAGAACAGUCCUCGUGAAUAUGAAUUCAAAAAUGGAACCGGCCGCCGAAGUGAAUGUGAAAAAUAUCAAAAACUUUUUGAGUCUGCAAUAUGUUGUGAUAAAAAUUGCAUCGGACGUUCUUCGCGUCAGGUUUCGCGAACAGUGGAAAUCAAUUAUUAAUUCUGAGUGGAUGGACGUAGAAGAGAAUGGCAAACAAUUCAUCGAGGGCGCGGGAAAAUCGAUUUUCCAGAAGAGUAAAAGUAUCCAGAAAAAUGCGUUGAAGACGGGAAAUAUAAAUCGGUGGGACCUGCCAUUGAUCAUCGAUGCCAUCAAGUGUUUGGAAAUGUAUGCGUCCGGUGGUAAGCAUUUCAAUGUUGCCGAUGAACACAAAAACCUGGAUAAUUUGAAGUCGAUUCGGAAUCAACUAUCGCAUCAACCGACGACCGAAGUGACAGAAGAAAAUUUUCGAAAAUACUGGGAAGCUACGAGCCAAAUUCUACUGUCUUUUGGGGUGUCGCAAGCAACACUGGAUGAAGCAAAGAAUUUGAAAUUUACUGAGCCAUCCUACGAUUUAACACCCGCUAAUGAAUCAAAUUCCGCUACAGCUGACGAAUACAGGGAAGCCGGUAACAAAUACUACUCAGCCAAGAGAUAUCAGGAUGCCAUUGACAAGUACACGGAAGCAAUGCAAUUGUCCGGAAUUCCGCUAACAACUUUGUCAGUGUUGCAUUCCAAUCGAUCGCUGAUGUACUUGGAAUUGAAUGAACUCUCCAAUGCAAAGGACGAUGCCAAUGCCGCAAUUCACUUGAAUCCUACGUGGUGGAGAGGCUACGCACGAUUGGCCAGUGCAUAUGAGAAAUCGAAAAAAUACGAAAAGGCCAUCAAGAACUACGAGAUCGCUUUGCAGACGAAUGCGCCCGAAAUUCACCACAAAACGCUAACCGAUUCUUUGUGCUAUUGCCGCCUUAUACUCGGAAGGAUCAAUCGAAUGGAAAGCAUUCAACCACACAACUUCAUCAAUACGUGGAAUGAAGCAGUUGAAGACUCGAAUAAAAUACUCGGAAAGAAUCCGUUCGACGAGGACGGAGCUAACAUCAAUGCGUCAAUGAUUCUUAACAGUGAAAACGCAUCAAAUCCAGAAGUACUUUGCGCACAGGGGCAUUUGUUUCUGCGUGGCACAGGAUGUGUGCAAGACUUUGAACAGGCAGCAAACCGAUUUGGAAAGGCGGCGAGCAAAGGCAGUGCAAAUGGCAUGUACAAUCUGGGUGUUUUACUGCUGGAGGGUAAAGGAAUCAAAAGGAAUGCCCAACGUGGAAUCGACAUGCUGCGACAAGCUGCAGCUCAACCAUCGUUCAUUGUAGAUGGCAAUAAAAAGCUUAAAAACGAGGGCGUCAGCGAAGCUAAACACGCCUUGGGACUGACCUACUACGAUGGUACUGGCGUGCCAAAAGACAUUAAAACUGCGGCGUUGUGGUGGGCACGAGCUUUUAAGGAGGAUGGUAAUGGCACAUCGGCAAACAACCUUGGAUGUAUGUAUGAACACGGGGAAUCUGUACCACGCGACAUCGAAACGGCCAUUCUGCACUGGAAGUUUGCUGCCUUUGACGAUCUUACCAGAGCGAUGGAAAAUUUAUAUCGAGUGUGCAUGAACUCACGUAAGUACAGCGAAGCUGUCGGUUGGUAUAAAUUAUCCAUCGAAAAAGGGUCGGCCAAAAAUAGCGAUAUGGACGAGUUCAUCGGCACUAGAGCACGUCAGUUGGGCGAUUUUGACUCAAAAAUGUUUAUCGAAAAACUCAAAGCCGAACUAAGAGCCAGCCGUUUCGGAAGCAUUGUUCGUCAAUGUGAGGAGUUGGACGAGAAUUUAGUUCGAAAGGUUUACACCGAACGUAAAACGGCGGCCGAACAGAUUGUGCAAAGAGUUCCGAAAACCGAUUCCGCCUUUAUCGUCGAUCAUCGGAAAUAUUUCAAAGAAACGAGAGACAUCUGCCGGCAAUCAGGUCUUGUAUACAUUGUGCAUCCGAGUAAAUUGAAGGUGAAACCGACUGUGAACAUCAUCGGCUUGAAAUCGAUUUAUUUCAAAGACAUGAUCGCUACGGCGGAGAAAAUCUACGACGGAUUUGCAAUCAAAGUGUUGAUUAUUGACGACGCCAUUGUGGGACAGCCAUCGGUCAAUGUAAUUGGGCGCGACGAUCAGGGGACCAUACACCGAAUCUUCAUCUACAACAUUCUGCAAGAUAAAGAGACGCAAGACAAGGUCGGUUUCGGUUGCACAAUUACAAUCGUAAAUCCGUACCAUAAAAUCGGCGCAACAGACGGAAGGCCCAUGAUUCGGGUUGACGAUCCAUCAACCGUUAUUUACCAUACGAUGUUGACCAAUAAGAAGCGUUGUCGCUAUUGCGGAGACCCGCAGGGCGUAAUCUUAUGCGGAAAGUGCAAGCGCGUCUUUUACUGUUCGCAAGUUUGUCGAAGUGCUGACGCCACCGAAAAUCAACAUCAACUCGUUUGUGUUAAGAAGUUGUAAGCUUCUUUCUCUCUCUAUCGCCGUUGAGAGGCCGUUCACAAAUGACGUUACGCUAAUCUACAGAUUUUUCUACACUUCAUUUCCCGUCAGUUGUGAACAGUCCCUUAUUCUAUAAUUUCUUUCACUUUUGAUUAAACCAUAAAU